ACAGUGAUAUAAAUACGUGUAGACGUAUUAUUGGCAUUUAGUGAAGUCAAGUAGUUGAUACUUUGGAUCGAGUGCGUGUAAUUGUCCAUAGACAUUGAUUUAUUUAGUCAGUAAAGGGUCUGUGAGUCUAGACUAGUCGGAACUCUCGGCUCAAUCGCUAAAAAACCUCUUCCGGUAUCAGCGCUUCUCACUAGCAUAGCGGGAAGAGGUCUUUACUGCAGUUACGAGGUGAGUUCGAGUCCCAAGCAAGGUAAGCAACACUAAAACUUGAUAGAGAAAUCUGAAGUAAUCAAACGAACCAGAAGUCUUGACAAUCUUUUGUUAUUUUGGAUGGGGUGCGUAUGGAACUCUUUCCUAGGCCCUCUAUUGGUGCUGUAAGAGACCAAUGCUAUCAUGAUAGACCUCCUUGGAGAUGCAACCUUACCACAGGUCAAUGGAUUGACCAUCACAGCUACACUUGUUGUUGCAGCCAUCUCUCUGGCCUUAUGGACGAUAGUCAGACCUAGGAACUUCCCUCCUGGACCCAGAGGACUCCCUGUCAUUGGGAGCCUUUUAGAUUUAAAUGACAACCUGGAGGUAGUGUUUCAACGCUGGGGCAAGCAGUACGGUGACAUCUUUGGUUUUAAGAUGGGUGAGCACUGGAUGGUUGCCUUGAAUCAUCAAGAGGUCAUUAAGGAAGCACUUCUGAAGCAAAGCGUCCAGUUUGCAGGCCGUCCAAAACUCCCUUCAGCUUAUCUGGCCACAGAUGGGUACAAGGACAUCGCUUUUGGAAUGUAUGACGACACCUGGAAAAUGCACCGUAAACUAGGCCACACCGCCCUUAGGCACUUUGCAACAGGGGAACCUCUUCAGAAGCUCCUCUCAUCUACUUUCCUGAAGCUAGAGGUUGAACUUGCUGCAACUGCUGGUCAGCCAGUCGAUCCAAAGAAACUUGUCUCACUUCUACUGAACAAUAUAUUUUCUGAGAUGUGCUUUGGAAAGAGUUUUGACAUGCGUGACCCCAAAAUUCUAAGGAUUAUGGAGCUGAAUGAUGAGAUGAAUGAAACUUUAGGGCUGGGAUUUGCUGAGGAUGUUUUCUCUUUUCUGAAGUACAUUCCUUCACAAAAGCGUGAUGUCAUCCGAGGAAUUAUGCACAAAACGAAGAGUAUCGUGACUGAGAUGAUAGCUGCCCAUAAGGAAACCCGUAUACAAGGUGAAGUGAAUGAUAUCUACCAUCUGUUACUGGAUGCCCAAGCGAAAGCCAUGGCAGAGGAUAAGAACCUGGAGAAACUGAGCGACGAUCGGCUUCUUUGGACUAUCUUGGAUAUCUUUAGUGCUGGUAUUGAAACCUCAACAGAUACCAUGUCCUGGGCUUUUGCAUUGAUGACAGAACACCCCGAGAUCGCGGGCCGGGUCAGGAAAGAAAUUGACGAUGUGAUUGGGCGCGAUCGUAUCCCGGUCAUUGGAGAUCGCGGCAGCCUGCCAUACACUGAAGCCACACUCUACGAGGUUGUGCGUUUUUCUUCUAUAGCACCUGUCCUUUUACCACACGCCACCACCUGUGAUACUACCUUACGUGGUUACACUAUUCCAAAAGGCACAACAGUCUUUAUGAAUGUGCACUCCAUGCACUUUGAUCCCAGGGAAUGGAAAGACCCAGAGAACUUCUGCCCAGAGCAUUUCCUUUCGGAGGAUGGUAAGGUUCGUGAUCAUCCAUCGAGCUUCAUGCCCUUUGGAGCUGGACGUCGAGUUUGUCUUGGUGAAGCUGUGGCCAAGGCUGAUCUAUUCCUCAUCUUUACCUGGUUCAUGCAGAACUACACCUACAGCAAGGUUCCUGGUAAGGAAAGUGAGUGCCUGACCAACAUGAUCCCCAAGUUGGCUGGAGGAAGGGUCCUUCUUCCCUAUGAGAUUGUGAUCAACAAACGAGAGUAUAAUUAAUACCAACGGAAUCUUACAAUCAAUUGCAAGUCAGGUUUAGGUAAAAAUCAAUCACAAUUCCUUCAAUCGAUUGAAACUUUACAGUACUUGAAGGUCACAGUCUUUCUACAGAAAGCAUGAAUUAUUUUGUUGUAGUAAAAAUUGAUCUAUAUGUAUAACUCACGUCUUUUCAACCGAGUAUUACAAUUAAUUGCAAGUCACUUUAAAUCAGUACUAAGUUGUUCAAUUACUUUUAGUUUACAAUUCCUUGAGCCUUUUUUUUCGAUAAAAAUCAUUAUUCAUUUUGUUAUUGAUGAAAAUGAUCAAUAGCAAUUUUUUAAAUGAUAUUUGCAAUUAAUUGCAAAUAAAUCUCUAGUGAAACCCCUGUAUUGGGUGCAGAGCAUACAUGCAUGCUUCACUGAAAGUUCCCUAUUAAUAUUUAUUUAUCCUGUCUACUAAUCAAUGUGAUGGGUUUACAAUUAAAACAAAUAUGACUGACUAUGGCAAGCCAAAUUAUUGAAAAUAAUUUCUUUUUCUUUUUUAUGCUAAAGUAUUCAGAGAUGAUAAAAUAUGACUCUUCUUUGUAUAAAAAUAAAAAUGAAAUUGUUCCCAGUUACUUGUAGAGCUAUUAGCAAUCUCCUGCAAGAGGAAUAGCCUUAUUAAGCAACCACCUUGAAUAAUUUUCCCCUCCAGAAAACUUGUCUUUCUUUUAUUAUCCAGUUAUUACUUCUUACGAAGUUAAUAUUUUUUAGAUAUAGAUAUACAAGCCAUACUAAAAUGGUUAUUUUCUGUAGAAUUGUAAUGGCAUGUGUGUGGUUCGUGGUUAAAAUAGUUCAUUGUACAACCAGUGUUUAGACUAUUCCUUAUUAUUCUGUUUUACUUGGUUGUUUAAACAAUGAAUUAGAAUUCACUGCAGUGUGUACAAAGCAAGGAUAAGCCUUGAGGCAGAAAUAAACUAUCGGAUUAGACAUACCUAUAAACCCAAAGCCAAUAUAAAGGAGCAAAUAGGGUACCGAAGACAUCAUAUAAUUUUUUUCUGUGGGGGGGGGGGGGGGAUUUCACCAUAUUCGAUACUGUAUCAUAAGGAAGCAUGGUGUAAAACAUUCACGACCAAAAUUUGAUGGAUAUCAGUCGAUUGGGGCUCAAGAUACGGCUAUAUAAAUGCAUGUACCUACCUAGCCUCAUUCAAAUCGCUGUAAAGUUGGUCAGGUUCUUAAUAGUUCCUAAUGAACCAGGCCCAUGUAUACCGAUUUCAAUAGGACCUGGGGGCCGUUUCAUAAAGCUGGUCAUGUGGGCGCAUUGUGGUCUAGUGGUUCUGACACUCGCCUUUCAAACAGAGGGUCGUGGGUUCGAAUCCUAGCCAUGGCGUGUUUUUCUUCAGCAAGAAAUUUAUCCGCACUGCACUCGACCCAGGUGAGGUAAAUGGGUACCGGCAGGAAGUAAUUCCUCAAAAAGCUGUGCGCACCAGAAUCGGUAGACUAGCUUAGCCGGGGUAAUAUAGGAGCGCCUUGAGCACCUAGCAAGGUGGAUACGUGCGCUAUACAAAUCCUAUAUAUUUUCUAUUUAUUUAAGUUAAGAGCAACUUUAAGAACGACUGAUGAUCUUUCUUACGCACUAAACCAUCACCAAUCGACGUUUUGCUGUGUACCAUUUACCACAAGAAAGGAUCACCAGUCGUUCUUAAAGUCGCUCGUAACUUACGAACAGCUUUAUGAAACACCCACCAGUUAUGUAUUCAUUUGGCCAUACCUUGGAUCAUUAUGAAACAAUUCAUGUCAAAUUAGGUGUGUGGGGAUUUUUUUUUUCAAUCAUGCUCUAUUGAAAUACGGUCAUGAAAAUGCUGAAUUGCACAAACAGAAAAUUGAUGAUAUCGCACUUUGGUACUCUAUAUGAAGGGAGAAUAUUUCAAGAUGUGAACAUUCCUGAAUUCCUGUAUUUAUUUUGUAUCUUCAUAGGAGUGUCUUUCUUCCAUGGUGUGCUAGAAUUGUACUUUUUAAGAAAAAAUGAUGAAGGCCCCAAAAAAAUAACGUAUUAGUGAUGGCCUGAUUGAAAAAUAAAUUUGCUCUUAUACGUUUUUGUGUUUUUAUAUAAUGAUCAUUUAGUUCAUUUGUAUAGCAAAGCAAUACUAGUCUCCAUUUACCCCCACCUUGUAGCAGUGAAACACAAUGUGAAGGAUUUCUUUAAAAAAAGUAAAAAAUCACUUCAUAGAGUGAGACUUGAACCUAUGAUCUUCUCAUUGAAAGGAGAGAGUCAGAACCACUACACCACAAGACAUCCACUAAACUCUGAAUACAGUUAUUCAGAGAAAAGGGAUCUUAUAUACUAUAUUUGUUACUUGGACAACAUGUAAUUCUUGAGAGUAUCCAUACAUUAUUUUAGUGUAUUUCAUAAUGAAUAUGAUUAUUCACAGCCUGUUUUGGUCAUCAUAUAUCUUUUAAAUGAAAAGAAGUUUUGUAAUACAUGGUAGAAAAAUGUUUCCUUGUAAUGAUGUACUAGAAAGGUCUCAAAUAGCCUUUUUCUAAAAAAGCAACAAGUCAAACUAUUGUUUAUAUCUUUUUAAGAACAAUCAAAAUCAUGAGUUUACAUUCAAAUGUAUUGAAUUUGAUUUCAAUGGGCUUGCGUUAAUUGAAUGUGUACAAAUAUGUAUCAAAUUUGUAUCAAUUUAGUCGUCCAGUGUCAGGGUGAAAUGGAGAGCCUAUCUUGUUCACUUAGUGCGUGUUUAAGCCGUUGCCUACCAGAACUAGAUGAUUCCUGUACAAAGCCUAUGGGAAGGUUCAUUACAAAUUGGUCUACACCCACUUUGUCUACUUUCCAUUUGGUCUAAUCCCACAUGGUCUAAUCCUAGUACAGCCAGAUUGUCUACUUAAUAAUAAUAUUGAACAUUUACAUAGUACAGCUACUAUAUCAAUAUACUCUACUGCACUUUACAUUUGGUAUUAUAUUAUUAUUACCCCGGCGGUAGCCGAGCCGCCAUAUAGCCACUGAAGCAUUGGAGGAAUUUCUUCCUACCGGGUACCCAUUCACCUCACCUGGGUCGAGUCCAGCACAAUGUGGGUGAAUUUCUUGAAGGAAAACACGCCAUGGUUGGUAAUCGAACACACUUCCCUCAGAAUGAAAGACGAGAGUCGUAACCACUAGACCACAAAUUUAGUCCAAUUGCUAUUUGUCUAAUUGUCUGUAUUUUCAUUUGACACUAUACAAUAUAGUUAGCAGACAAAGUGGAAAAACAGAUGAACUUUGCAUUAGACCAAAUGAAAGUUCGCCCGAGAGUAUUAUACACCAAGUGAUGGUAAGACAAAGUGACAAUAGACCAUAUUGACAGUAGACCAAAUGGCUUCUGACGUCCGGUUAAACUUAAACUCAGGUUUAAAGUUGUGGUUUAAGUAUGGAAAGCCAAUUUUUACAUAAAUCACUAACGGUAGAGAUAUCAUAUUUCAGCUCAUUUGGCUCUCAAAUCAUUCAUAAUUGUCUAGGAAGUAUAAAUAGAUGAUUGUCUUCACCAUCGAUGAAUCAGGAAAGAGCAAAGCAAACAUAAGAGACAUAGAACUUAAUAAAAAUUUUGACACUCUUGGCUUCCCAUAAUUUUAGCACAGAGUUAGACCAUGGUCUACUCUAAGUUAAACCUGACUUCAGAAUACGGGCCAAUGGGUUUAUCCAAUGUAAUAUUAGAUAAUCUGAGUAAACCAAGACCUCUGUUACACCCAAUUUCCUACCUGAGUGACAUUUGAUAAGCUGGCAAAGCUGCCUUAUUUAUUAUUCAAAGUGAAAUGGGUUUGCAAGUACACGAUCAUUUGUGUGUGUGUGCUUUUAUAAUAGAAUAAUACAGAAAAGUGUUGAUCAGUUUAGUUAAAAAUGUAAACAGAUACAUGCAGAUGAAUCUUGGCUCAAUAAUACAAGGGUUAUAAUAAACAACAUUCAUGACUGAUUACUGAACAGUUUUUUUUAACAAGGGCACAUGUAACAAUGAUUUAUUUUGAUUGGCCAAUGCAAGUUUUGUAUUAGAGUCUAGGAGUUUUGUUAUAUUCAAUCAAAUAUAAUUAAUUCUUGUGCUGUCUCAUAACCACCGAUAAACUAUCUAUUUUCUAUUUACCGUAGUAUUUCAUAGUAUUAUUGAUCAUUAUUUCAUCACAUACAAAAUUUAUUGGAAUAAUUAACCUAAGAAAUUGUGCAAUUUAAUCACGGACUUUUUAAAUAAUGUUAUAAUGAAUGCGAGGAGAACUCGAAAAGAUGUAUUGAUAGGGAUAAGAGAUAACACAUAUCUCUUGGAAUCACUUAUCAAAAUAUGGGUUAAUUUUACAAUUUCCAAUGUAAUUAUCUGAUUGAUUAUUUAAUUUACUUUGUGUGCAGAUGUAUUAUGCCUUCAAUCUAAAACAAAAUGUGCCUAUCUAUUACACAGCAUUGUAUACAGGGUAGAACUUGAUAUUAUUCAUGUACAUGUAUUUGAAUUUCCUAUGUUACAUGUCUUUAUACAGGGUCAAAUUUAGCAGCUUUCCAUUUCUAAAAUACUUCUAUAUAUCUUUUACAUAUUUAUAUCAGGUAAUAGAGGUGAAUUAUAAUGUUUGGUGAAAUAUUUACAUUCAUUAGUUUGUUGAUUUUGUUUAUUUUGAAAUGUGUGUUUCUUGCAAUCUAAUAAAUUGAUUGCAGGAUGGUCUUUUUUCGGUAAUGAAUGUUAAUCAGGGAGUAGCCUAGAUAGGUCUAUUUGGCUUUUGCUAUCCCCCCACAUCGCAUUCAUUACCCUAUGUAUUUUGCUAUUUUUGUUAAUUUGUCAUUUUACAAUAUUCAUUACUCCUUUACUAUGGAAUCAUUUUGAUUGAUCUCGAUAUAUUGUACGUUUUUUUAGAGAUGUGAAAUAAAUGAAUUUGAAUUUGA